AUGCCGCCCCGCGCCGGACGCAAGCCCACUCUCGAGGCUCUCCUGCCACCUAUCCUCGCCCUUCUGGAGGAGACCCCGCCCAACGCAUACAGCGCUCACCAAAAGGCGCUGACGACUACGGCGCGUCUUGUCCACUCUGGCCACGGUGCCCUGGCGAUUGAGAUCCUGGCGGCCUCGUCGCGCGAGAUGCUCAAGAUUGGCGAAGUGGCAAGUGGUGUCGAGCUCGGCUUCCGCAUGCUGGAGAUUAUGGGCGAGACCAAGGUCGAGGUUGAUGACAAGUCGAGGGCUACCGUCACGCAGCUGCUCGCGCUUACCCCUCCUGCUGGACCCUGGCGCAAGAAGCUCGCCGAUGCCGCUGUCAAGUGGUCGGCUCAGGAGUGUCCUACUGGCGACCCCUCGCUGCAACAGUACCUCGGCGAGCUGUACUACAAGGACAACCUCUUUGUCCCCGCCGAGACUCACCUCCUCGCCUCUGGCAAGCGUGACGCUGCGUCCCUGCUCGCCGAGCUCAUGUUCGAGUGGUCCCACAAGGGCGCUGACCCCGUCGGCGGCUACGCUGCUCGCGGUGUCCUUCCCUUCCUUGCGCAGGCCCCUCCCAACGUUCUCGCCGCGACCACUUUUAUCACCCGCUUCUUGUCUCUCCUCGCCCAGCCCUCAUCCCCGGCUUCCUCCAUCUUCAUCGGUUCCGCUCCUGGGCCGACUGACAAGGACCCGCAGGUCCAGCUCACGACCAACCCGACCGUCAACUUCCUUCAGUUGGCGAUCCUGACCGUUAUGCGCGCCCCAGCACCUGGAGCAAGCGCUGUCCAGGCCCGCGGAACCGACGGUGGCGUCGCCCGCGAUUGGCAGCAGCUCGUGGCUCGUUACCGCCGUAUCGCGGGCACCGACGGUGUGCUGGCUAGCAAAGAUGUUGUCGAGGCUAUCGACCACAUCUCGGUUGCGGUCUUCCUCAUCCCUCAGCGUGGCGGCGGCAAUGACAUGCUUCAGAACCUCAUGGGAUCUCUGUUUGGCGGCGGCGGCGGCGGCAUGCCUGCUCUUGGCGCUAGGUAG